CAGCAUCUACUUAGAACUUCACAGACGGCCAACGUAUGUGCAGGUGGCACUUGACUCGCACAACUCGAUGAUUAUGCUGGUCUUCUUCUUGACGAGUCCCAUUUACGGCCUCGGGUCAGCGGGCGUCAUCCGCAUCGGCAUGUACUUGGGAGCCAAUGAACCGGUGAAGGCGAAACAAGUGGCCCGCGUACUCACGAUAUGCAUUUGCUGCCUCUCGGUCGCCAUUGCAACGGUGCUCAUGCUGAAUCGGAACGUCGUGGGUCAUUUGUACUCGAGUGAUCCUCGAGUGUGGACGUCCAUGACGGGCAUUUGCACGUUGGCGGCGUCGGGCUACAUCCUCUUGUCCCUGUUCUACUCGUCCAUGGCGAUUUUGGUGGCGCAAGCUCGAGCUUUGCCCAUUCUCGUGGCCUUUUUCAGUGGGGCAUGGGUUAUUGGCGUGCCGACAGCAUACGUCGUCGGAAUCUAUUGGCACAUCGGCCUCCUGGGCGUGUGGAUGGGCAUGUCGCUCGGGUACGGUGUCACGACAUUUGUGGCGUUUUAUGGCGCCACCACGACCAAUUGGGAAGACGAAGCCGCCAACGCCGUGCUCCGCAGCAAUGCCAAGCAGCAGCAAAUCACCGAAACGACGAGGCUGCUGCAAGAUCAGCUCUAAUGACGCAUAAAAACGCGAGGAGUGCAGCAAAGGGGUCGGUGAUUUUGGCUGCCGAGUGGUGGCAGAGUGGUUCUCGUGCCUAGUUCCUUGGCACUUCAGUGGCUGGAGCGUUCGGAGGGCCGUCCCAUCGUCCUCAAUCGGCACCGGCGGAGGACCGGGCCGUGUUGGAUUUGCACCACCAUUCCACCAUUUGAAUCUCUUCAACAUUGGCGUCUUCGGAAUUGAAAUAUGCCACAUGCCUAUACAAAAACCAAGCCACCAUACAUAGUUUAAUAAUUGAAAUUGACUGCAGUACCGGA